UGCGCCUGCGUCUCACAACACGCUGAUGCACAAACAGAGGAGCUAUUGUUGGCAGAGGACUGGGCAGCAGUCCACUGCUUCAUUUUAUCCCAUCCUACCUGUUGGAAUUGUGUGAGUCAUUUACAAACCGUCACAUAACUUUAAAGGGAGGGAAAAAAAGUCUGAACUUGACUGUGCGCGAGCAGGUGAAGGAGAGGAAGAGCGUUUGCGGAAGAAAAGAAGGAUACUAAGGAGGAAAGGAGGAAGUAAAUAAGGACGAAAUAGAGCGCAACAGGUCAGCCUCCUCUCCGGUGUCUUCGCUCGAAACAACUACACAACCAUGCCUUACGGACCGUGGAAGAAGAAAAACAAGGCGACGAAGGAACACUUGGUGGAAAACGAGGAGGUGAGCGGCGGACACGCAGGUGCCGGCAGCCUGGGGAAAUCCGCCGUGAACGGAGCGGGGCUCCCGCCUCCACCUGCCAACCUGCGGCCCAAGCUGGUGUUCCACACGCAGCUAGCGCACGGCAGCCCCACCGGGAGGAUCGAGGGAUUCACCAACGUCAAGGAGCUUUACGCAAAGAUAGCAGAGGCGUUCAAUAUCAGCCCACCUGAGAUCCUGUUCUGUACCCUCAACACCCACAAGAUUGACAUGGAGAAGCUUCUGGGGGGGCAGAUCGGCUUGGAGGAUUUUAUCUUCGCCCACGUUAGAGGGAUCAAAAAGGAGGUAGAAGUGUACAAGUCUGAAGACGCCCUUGGCCUCACUAUUACUGACAAUGGAGCUGGCUUUGCUUUUAUAAAGAGAAUCAGAGAAGGGAGCGUAGCAGACCAGGUGAAGGUGAUCUGUGUGGGCGAUCACAUAGAGUGCAUUAACGGACGCAACAUUGUCGGGACGCGGCAUUACGAGGUCGCCCGGAUGCUCAAAGACCUUCCCAAAGACAAGACCUUCACCCUCAAACUGGUCGAGCCCAUGAAGGCAUUUGAAAUGCUUGAGCCGCGGUCAAAGGGCGGCAAGCCGGGCGGCGAAAAUAAGAUUGGCACAGGAAGGAGCACCUUGAGACUUCGCUCCAAAGGUCCAGCUACAGUGGAGGAUGAGCCGACAGAGUUUGAUGAGAAAGCAAUAAAGAAAGUAGAUGACCUCCUGGAGAGCUACAUGGGGAUCAGAGACACCGAGCUCGCCGCUACAAUGGUAGAAGUCGGCCGGGACAAGAAGAACCCAGACGAGUUCGCCAUGGCUCUGGACGAGACCCUCGGAGACUUCGCCUUCCCUGACGAGUUUGUCUUCGACGUGUGGGGGGCUAUCGGAGACGCCAAGCAGGGGAGACUUUAGGUUUUCUGCUGCCCCCACCCCCCCACACACUCCUCUCCCACCUCACCUCUCUGAAGCCGACUGGACAAACAGGCAGGCUGACGUGUUGACAUAGACAAAUUAUUUAACGUGUUAAGUUAUCAGGAAUCCAUUUUCGGACACUUGACCUGCCUCCAGUGUGCACAAGGUUGAGUAUCGAGUCCAGAUGUGGCAUAAAGUUCUUGGACAGCCCCCCCUUAACUCAGACGUUCAUCACAGCAGCUACAAAUUGCACCUUCCUAACCUUAAAUUCCCUGUGUCAUACUCCGAAUCUAUUUUCUAGUUGUUUAUAUUUGGAUAAACAAAUGUGCGGCACAUCUUUUUAUAGAAUUUUUUUAAAUAUAUAAGAAUGCUGCUGAUUUUACAGCAGCAUUGUGUAAUUAGAAUAAUUAUAUAGAUUCACUUCCAUCUUUCUAGUAGUCACAUCCAGUAGCAGAUGACUUGGGAUCAUUUCUCGGCUCCUAUCUGUUGAGCAUUUUCUGUUUAAAUGGCCGUUGCCAUGUCGAUGACGGACCUUCCUCAUGAUUUUACUGUGUUUUAGUCUAAUGGUUAUAUUUAGAUUCGUUUGAACUUUUCAUGUGAAUUAUUGUCUUAUAAAAAACCCACAAAGUUGUGGUUAUAAUGAAAAGGCUUAUAGAUCUAGGAUUGUCCGUAGCCAUGUAGGCCAUCAACCAUAAGGGAUCACUGUUGUUGCAUUUCAAUAAAAAAGUGACAUAUUGUAA